AUGGUAAAAAAUAAAUCAAGUGGUAUAGAUGGUAUAGUUGAAUCACUUGAAUCUAAUGAAAAUGUUGACUUCGACAAGCCUGAUACUCAAUCAAACGAAAACAAGCAAGAGACUCAGGAACAAAAAAAAGUUAUUCGUCAACGUAAUAUGACAAACUUUGUUGAUUUUAUAACAAAAGAUGAGCAGCAAAAUGUUGAUUCUAAAAUUUAUGAAUCUCGUAGCUUAGGAUUGAUGUGUGAUGGUUGGACAAAUAUCCGUAGGGAGCCAAUUAUCAACUAUGUUAUUACUACUCCUAUACCAAUUUUCUAUAAAACUAUUAGUACAGGAGCUGUAUCACAUUCCGGUGCUUACAUUGCCAAAGAAAUUUCAUCAAUCAUCCAAGAUCUUGGCCCAAACAAAGUAUUAGAUGUAGUGACUGAUAAUGCUAAAAGCAUGAAAUCAGCAUGGGACAUUUUAAAAAAAGAAUAUGGUCAUCUUGAAGCAUAUGGGUGUGUUGCUCAUGGCUUAAAUUUACUGGCAAAAGAUUUAGCAGAGUUGGACAAUAUUUCUUCAGCAGUAACUAGUGGUAAAAAUAUUGUCAAAGAAAUCAAUCUUUCACACAAGCUAAAUGCAAUAUUCAAAGAAAAGCAAACUGGAAACAAAUUAACUCUUAAAUUAUCAGUAAAAACUAGAUGGGGUUCUCAUGUGGCUUGUCUUGGAAGUAUUUUAGAUAAUAAAAGUGCUCGGCAAUUAUUCGCUAUUGAUGAUAGAGUUGUAAAAGUAUUAUCUGAUAGUACAAAAAAAGAAUUACUUUGCGAUACAUUUUGGAAAGGCAUCAUACAGAUCUAUAGACUUCUUAAACCUGUUGCUGAUUGGAUAACAAUAAUUGAAGGUGAUGCACCACAAAUUAGUUUAGUUCCCACAAUAUUUAAAGACUUAAAUGAUCAUUUUGAGCAAUAUCCUAUGUUACAUGGUAAGUGUUUAACAAAUGAUGAAGAACUUCAAGGAAUUGAGUGCAUUGCUAAAAUUGCCCGACAUUCGGAUAACGUUGACGAAGGACAUAUUUUAGCUGAGUUUGCUCUAUAUAAAGUCAAGGAAGGAUUGUGGAGCAAAUCAUUCAUCUGGGAUACUGUCAGCAAAAUAUCAGCUACAACUUGGUGGAAUGGUUUGUGUUCAUCUUCUCAAUUAUCCAUAAUUGCAACAAGAAUAAUUCAACUUCCUGCAACGUCAGCCGCAUGUGAAAGAACAUUUAGUUCAUAUGGAAAUAUUCACACAGCAAAGAGAAAUCGACUCACUAAUGAUCGUGCUGGGAAUGUGUCAUCUGUUUUGGUAAAUUCACUGCCAUUAAAUAUUGAUGAAAAUAUUUCUGAUUACUUAUUAGAGUCAGGCCCUAAUAAAAGAAUCAAGAAAAAUCAAGAUUUAGUGGUAUCUAGUGAAAGUGAAGAAGAACUGGAAUUUUUAAAUGACGAUGAUAAUUCUGAUGAAAAUAGUGUUCAGAAUCUUGAAGAUAAAUAUAAAAAAGGAGACUUUGCUAUAGUUAAAUAUGAAGGGGAAUUUUUUCCAGGUGUU